AUGCCAUCUAGGCAAUUACUCUACCUUAUCUUCGUGACCAUUGUCACCGCUGCCCUUUCAGAAGCCACUCCUGAUUACCCGAACCCCUCUGCUCCUAACAGCAGUCUUACUGCUCGUUCAACAAAUAAUGCAAUUGGAAACUCUGAUGGCUGUCGCUAUCAAGUCGAAGGCGUCGGUGCCUUCGGUUAUCAUCUUGCAUUCGAUUUUACUACCAUGGACACGCUUCCAGAUGAGUUGAUCGCCAGUACCUAUGAAGUUGGUUCUGGACCAUACGCUCCAUAUUCGCAUAUCUUCAAUCCUAGCAAUAUAGUACUCAGAUCUGGUCAACCCAUGCAGAUGAUUGUGCCUGGUGGCCAGACUGCAGAUCCUCUGGAGACUUGUCAGUUGGUCACUAGGUAUGAUGAUGUGCUAUAUGCCAGUGUAAGAACUGUUGCGCAAGCCAGUCCUGUAAACGGGACAGUUCAUGGUUUCUUCAUGUACAUGAACGACACACAAGAAACCGAUAUAGAGAUCCGGACAGGGGAUCCCAACCAUGUCCACUUCACCAAUCAACAAACACAUCCAGGCAGUGGUGAGACGACAUAUGCUGUGGCUGCACCCAGCACCAUGGCUUCUGCGUUCCACGAGUACCGUUACGACUGGCUUCCGACUGGUACAAAUUUCUACAUCGAUGGCGUGCUGGUCAUGUCGAUAAACAGAAACGUGCCCAGCGAAGCAGGUUGGCUGAUGUGGAACUCAUGGUCGAAUGGGUAUGCUUGGACCUUUGGCCCUCCAGCUCAGGAUAACAUUCUCUUGAUUCGCUCGGUGGAAGCUUACUUCAACCGCACGAGCAUCGAUCAACCCGACUGUGAAGCAGUUUCCGGUACAGGAACUGGUUCGACAGUCCCCACUGUUGGUGCUCAUGUCACGACAGACGCAGCAGCUGCAGCCAAUUCAUCAUCUUCGUCUUCGUCUUCGUCUGCGUCUUCGACAACUGAGAUCAAACCCUCCCAAACCGACGAUGGUACGUCCAAUCUCGCAACCCAUACGUCUCACCCGACUCGCCAAUUGGCCGAGGAUAGUGCGACGUCUACAUACACGAUCUUUGAAAACACUCAUACCAACACUACUCUGCAGGCUAUGGUUACUAUUGGGAUUGCACCUAAUGGCACGGAGAAAUCAUUGGCAAGAAUGGUUUCUGCCUCGUACAUUCCACCAUCAUUCCAGCAUCUGCUUCCACUACACGUUGAGAUGCUAGACAGCAUCUGA